UGACAAAGGGGGCUGGAAAAUUAGGGCUGCCAGCAUUCUUCUUAUUUAAAGCUGUAACUACAAAAAAGUGCUUCCAGAGGCUGGGCUGGGCUGGGUCUUGUUGCAGCUAGUGGGAGAGGAGUAGUCUGCCUACAUGGUGAAGCGAUAACUUGGACCCUUUCAUCCUCCUUUUUUUCACCCAUUUUGCACAUAAGGAAGGCUCAUGUCUUGGCCAUAGACAUGAUGGGCUUCAUGCAAACUAGGAUUUUCUUAUUUCUGGCUUUCUUUCUGGUACAAGAGCAGUUUGUGAAAUGCCAAGACACCAGUGGAGAUGACCAAAGCUGCACGGAGGACGGUCAGACGUACUCCAACAAAGACAUCUGGAAGCCAGACCCCUGCCGGAUCUGCGUGUGUGACAGCGGAACCAUCUUGUGUGACGAGGUUCAGUGUGAUGACCUGACCAACUGUGAGAGGGUGUACACUCCUCCGGGAGAGUGCUGCCCUAAGUGUCAGGGUGAAUCUGACUUCAACCCUGACACAUCCGGUGGUGUAGUUUAUCAGGGUCAAAAAGGAGAACCAGGCGAUGUCCCAUAUGUGACAGGGAUACGAGGCCGCCCAGGGCCAAUGGGGCCUCCUGGAGCAUCUGGAUUUAGAGGCGAUCGUGGCUCCAAGGGCAGACCUGGACCAAGAGGCCCGGCAGGGUACGAUGGGGAACCCGGUGUUCCAGGAAACCCAGGAGAACCCGGGCCACCUGGACAUCCGACUCACCAAGGAGGCCAGCUGGCCGCUAAUAUGGCAGGGGAUGAAAAAUCAGGAAACAUGGCGAUGUUGCAUGGAUCACGGGGCGAGGCUGGAACAAGAGGACCUCCUGGGCCAAACGGCGCGCCUGGGGUUGCUGGACCUCAAGGAUCCCCUGGUGAAGUCGGUGACCAUGGGCCAAUGGGAAAUUCUGGUGCAAGAGGUCCUGAAGGCCCACCAGGAAAACCUGGUGAAGAUGGCGAAGCAGGAACAUCAGGGAAGGCCGGAGAGAUGGGAUUUCCAGGAUCGGCGGGAUCAAGAGGAUUCCCUGGCACCCCUGGACCCCCUGGCCUUAAAGGUCACAGAGGGCAUCAAGGCAUAGGAGGUCUGAAAGGAGAGCGUGGUACCGUAGGAUCAAAGGGAGAAUCAGGCCCAACAGGAGGUUUGGGUGCACCUGGUCCUAUGGGCCCCAGAGGAAUGCCAGGGGAGAGAGGGCGCUCAGGACCAAGUGGACUGGCUGGAUCUCGGGGACCUCCUGGAAAUGUUGGGAAGCACGGGCCAAUGGGGCCCUUAGGUAUUCCUGGUGCAGCUGGCUUUCCAGGAAUGCCAGGCAUGAAGGGUCAAUCUGGAUCUACUGGUGUGCGAGGGCCUGAGGGGCCACAGGGUCAGAGAGGUGAGACUGGACACCUAGGAAGAGCUGGACCAACUGGCCUUCAGGGUCCAUCAGGGGUGGAUGGAGGCCCUGGUACUAAGGGUCCUGUGGGAAAUGCAGGUGCCGGAGGUCCUGGCGGUCUCCUUGGCCCACAUGGUCCUCCUGGACCCCAAGGAGGUACUGGACAGUACGGAAUCAAAGGCCUAAGGGGAGAACUUGGUGUUGGUGGAUUUAAAGGAGAGUCUGGACCUAAAGGCGAACCUGGAAUACAAGGGGCCCAGGGACCUUUGGGCCCUCAGGGAGAGGAGGGGAAAAGAGGUGCCCGUGGAGACUCCGGGUCACUAGGCCCUCUUGGACCUCCUGGUGAGAGAGGUGGUCCUGGAAACAGGGGAUUCCCUGGUGCUGAUGGAUUACCUGGCCCUAAGGGGACACAAGGUGACCGUGGAAUAGCAGGAAUCCUGGGACCAAAGGGCUCUUCUGGUGAUCCUGGGCGCACAGGAGAACCUGGUCUACCUGGAGCAAGGGGUUUGACUGGAACACCAGGGGUCCAAGGUGCUGAGGGAAAACCCGGACCACUGGGUCCGGCAGGUGAGGAUGGCCGUCCUGGGCCAGGUGGAUCUAUUGGAACCAGAGGCCAGCCAGGAUCAAUGGGACUGCCUGGUCCUAAAGGUUUCAAUGGAGACCCAGGGAAGACAGGGGAACAAGGAUCUCUAGGAGUUCCAGGGCAAAGAGGUCCUCCUGGUAAAGAUGGAGAAGUGGGCCCAGCUGGACCUGCAGGCCCCGCUGGAACAGCGGGAGACAGAGGAGAACAGGGACCCCCUGGCAUGCACGGCUUCCAGGGAUUACCUGGACCUCCAGGUGCACCAGGAGAGGGAGGGAAGCCAGGUGAUCUGGGUAUUCCUGGAGAAAUUGGACCUGUUGGUGCCCUUGGACCAAGAGGAGAGCGUGGAACACCUGGGGAGCGAGGCGAUCCAGGGCUUACUGGAUUGCAAGGAUCCAAGGGUAUUCCUGGAGCACCAGGACCUGAUGGGCCAAAGGGAAACCCAGGACCCACGGGUGCUCUUGGUGACCUCGGACCCCCAGGCCUUCAAGGAAUGCCAGGAGAGAGGGGUAUCUCUGGGCCAUCUGGUCCUAAAGGAGACAGAGGAUCCUUGGGUGAGAAAGGAUCAGAAGGAACACCUGGCAAUGAUGGUGCAAGAGGACUUCCCGGUCCUUUGGGCCCUGGAGGACCCGCUGGCCCAAGUGGUGAGAAGGGAGAACCUGGUCCAAAAGGACCAGCCGGACCUCCAGGAUCAAGAGCAAUGCCAGGAUCUCCAGGAGAACCUGGGCCAACUGGUGCUGUUGGCUUUGCCGGACCACCCGGUCCUGACGGUCAGCCUGGAGUGAAGGGAGAGCCUGGAGAGCCUGGACAGAAAGGAGAUGCUGGGUCACCUGGACCUCCAGGGUUGUCAGGAGGUCAUGGGGCUCCAGGUCCUUUAGGAGUUGCUGGGCCAAAGGGUGGCAGAGGAACACAGGGAGCACCAGGCCCAACUGGUUUCCCUGGAUCUCCUGGACGAGUUGGCCCACCAGGUCCACAUGGUCCUGUUGGACCAGCUGGACCUAUUGGUCUUCCUGGGAAAGAUGGGCCACCGGGCUUACGUGGAGACUAUGGACCUCAAGGGCGCCAGGGUGAGAGAGGCCCAGCUGGUCCUACUGGUAGCUCAGGAGAUAAAGGAGAUGGUGGAGAGGAUGGACCCACGGGCCCUGAUGGACCACCAGGUCCUGCUGGUACAACGGGACAGAGGGGAAAUGUGGGCCUUCCUGGUCAAAGAGGAGAACGCGGAAUGGCUGGGCUUCCAGGGCCAGCGGGUCCUCCAGGAAAAACAGGAUCUCCUGGUGCUCAGGGCGAUAAAGGUCCUGGCGGACCAGUGGGUGUGCCAGGCGCUAACGGUCCCCGUGGAGACGCUGGGCCUCCAGGUGUCCCUGGUGCUGACGGCCCACCGGGCAAGGAUGGAACUUCUGGUCUCAGGGGAGACAGAGGAGAUCUGGGCCCUGAGGGACUGACUGGCGCUCGGGGAGCUCCUGGUUCUCAAGGCCCUGUUGGUACAACUGGUGGUCCUGGCAAAAGAGGAGAAGCAGGCUCAAGAGGUCCCGUGGGUCCUCCUGGUUCAGCUGGAAAGAGAGGCCUGACAGGACCACAAGGACCUAGAGGAGACAAAGGAGACCUUGGUGACCAUGGAGACAGGGGCCAGAAAGGACACAGGGGCUUCACUGGUUUACAAGGUCUCCCUGGACCACCAGGUUCAACUGGAGAUCAAGGAGCUCAAGGAAUCUUUGGACCAAGUGGCCAAAGAGGACCUCCUGGACCAGUGGGUCCUUCUGGAAAAGAAGGCUACUUGGGGCAGCCUGGACCAAUGGGACCUCCAGGAACUCGUGGACUAAGUGGUGAUAUUGGACCAGAGGGGCCUCCUGGAGACGAAGGUCCCCCUGGGCCACCCGGUCCUGCUGGCCGCCCGACUGCAGCUAUGGAUGACUUAUUUGGUGCAGGUGACUACGGGCCACCACCACCUCCAGAGUUCAAUGAUGAUGAGGCACUGUCCAACAGCAACGGCUCAGAGGUCCUACACGCCGACCCCGGUGUCCAGGCCACUCUGAAGGCCCUCAGCAGCCAGAUUGACAGCAUGCGCAGCCCUGAUGGCAGCAAGAAGCACCCUGCCAGAACUUGCGAGGACUUAAGACAGUGCUACCCCCUGAAAAAGAGUGGUGAAUACUGGGUGGAUCCAAACCAGGGAAGUGCGGAGGACGCCAUCAAAGUGCACUGCAACAUGGACACGGGCGAGACGUGCAUCUCUGCAAAUCCAACAAGCAUACCUCGCAAGUCCUGGUGGAGCUCCCCUUCCAAUAAGCCUGUGUGGUUUAGCGCCAACAUGAAUGGUGGAACUUACUUCGCCUAUGGGCAGAAGGAUCAACCAGCCAACUCUGUAACGGUACAGAUGACGUUCAUCCGUCUCCUCUCCAAAGAGGCCUCGCAAACCAUCACCUACCACUGCAAAAACAGUGUGGGCUUCAAAGACGAGAAGAAUGGAAAUCUGAAGAAAGCACUUGUCCUGAAGGCAGCCAACGAUCUAGAGCUCAAAGCUGAGGGAAAUAACCGUUUCAGAUACACUGUCGUAGAGGAUACUUGCUCACAAGCCAGUGGUAACUGGGGCAAGACCAUUUUUGAGUACAGGACACAGAAAACAGCAAGACUUCCCAUUAUGGACGUGGCUCCUGUAGACAUUGGAGGGGCAGACCAGGAGUUCGGCAUUGACAUUGGGCCGGUUUGCUUCUUGUAAUAAAUCAGAGAGGGAUGUACUGAAGAGAACCCUGAGACUCUUGAACUGACUGCUGACGCGAUCAGCCUUGUACAUACCGUACGGUGGACUACUCUGACCCUGUUGCAAGAUAUUUAUUGUCCCUUUCUAAUCAUCUAGAAAGAAAAAAAAACAGCAGUAGUUUCAAGCCCACUGUAAGUGAUUUUUCUUUUCUCAAUGGGGAAAACAUCAUUCUCUCAUAGAAAUCAAUGCAACUGAUGUGCAUUGAUUAUUGUGAAAUUGAACCAAAAAUAAAACCCAUACAUGAACAUUUCAUUACAAUUAAUCUGCAGACAAGUGUGUUUAUUCAGUCAAUGCCUGCUGUUAUUCAAUCAUGAAUUGUUACACCUGACACAAGUGUCGCUAGACGUUAUUAGUUUCCUUUUUGAAAUGAUACUCAUUUGCUUAUUUUUGUCAUACAUUUGUUUUCAAACUUUUUUUUUUACAACAAAGAAACGGUGCUACAAUGGAAACAUGUUUUAAUUAUUCCUCUUAGAAAGAAUGUUUGAUAAAAAUUACACCCUGUAACCAAUUAAAGUACCACUCUGUAACGGUAAUGGCAUCUAUCUGACAAUUAAAGAUGAGACAGUUGAUUCGUAAUGGAUGCAAGCUACCUCGUCUCUAUGUACUGGGAUUGAUAAGAUGUUUCCCACACAGCUGCAGGGAGAUCCUCCAGCAAUCAUGCAGAACAGGGUUGUGGACAAUGGAAUAAAGAUCUUAGAGUCACUGAUGGAACAGCCAAACCAGUGCCUCAGGAGAGGUGUGUUUGGGUGACUUUAUAUUGCCGUAUUAACAUUGGUAUGCUUAGCAGUUAAGCAAGGUAUUUGCUAUUGAUGUGUUAUAUUCUUAUGCAUGCAGCUAGGCUCUCUUUAAUCAGCUUUGCAGUCCCUUCUAACCAUCUUUUCCCCAAAAAAACCUUUCAGCCAUCGCAAAGAAUGGCAGUAACACCAAGGCCUUCAUGUAUUUUUUGCUAUGCAACAAAUUAAACAUAUGCUUGUUUAUCUCA